AUGCCCGCCCCGUCCACCCUUCCGCAGUACCUCUACAAAAUCGUCCCCGACGCCCCGCCUUCGCCGCUGCCGGCCGAGUAUCCCCUCUCCGACCUCGACCGCGACGACGGCUUCAUCCAUCUGAGCACGGCCGAGCAGGUCCUCGGCACGGCGGACCGCUUCUUCGCGUCCGCCAGCAAGCUGUACCUGCUCAAGCUCCCGUACGCGUCGCUGGAGGCGGGCAUCCGGUGGGACGACCUGCCCUCCGGCGACGGGUGUUUCCCGCACCUCUACGGGCGCAACUUCGGGGCCGCGGACGUGGAGGACGCGAGGGGGUUCGAGAGGGGUGAGGGAGGUGUUUGGAGUGUGGUUUUGAGGGGGGAUGAGUGGCUUGUUUGA